AGUUGAGCGGUGCCCGUCCUGCCAGCGCCAGGAUGGCAACAGGCGCCGGUGCCGACUGUAUCGAACACCGCAGCUCAUCCUGGAAGUCCACAACAGCACUGAGGCGGCGGCGGCGGCCGCGGGCCACGAGCUGGAACAAGGCACAGUCGCAGGCCAAGGGGUUGCCGUGCAGGUACAGGCGGUCGCGGAGCCAGGCGGGCAGCGCCUGUAGCUCACCCACGGGCACGUGGCGCAGGCGGUUGGCCGACAGGUCGAGCAGGGCGAGCUGGGGCAGGCGGCUGCCGUCGCGCAGCAGCUCCAGCGGGAAGCGGGUGAUGCGGUUCUGGCCCAGGUACAGCUUGCGCAGGCGGUUGAGGUUCUCGAAGGCCGUGCGGUCCACAGUGGAGAUCUCGUUGUUGUAGAGCAGCAACACCUCGAGCUCGGCCAGGUCGCUGAACAGGUUCUCGUCCAGCGCGCGCAGGCGGUUGGAGGACAGGUCCAGGUGACGCAGGUGCCCAGUGGGGAGAUGAGUGGGGCCGGGGGGCACCUUUGGGUGCUCUGAGCUCCACCAGCACCCCCUAUCCCCCAACCCAUUGAGGAUGUGACCCCCCCCCCAAUCCAGCAAUGCCCAGCGCAAGGAUGCUCCCCUUGGUGACGGUGGUGGCCCAGGAUGGAGCCGGCACCAUGGGGCUGGAAUGGCUCUAGGGAGGUGCGGGGGCUCCAGCCCUCCCCAGGCCCCAUGUCCCCCAAUGGCACAGCCGACAGCAAAGGCAGGGACGUGGCUUCGAGGUCUGUGGGGCUGUUCUUCAUGCUGCUCAUGGACCUGGCGGCCAUCGUGGGCAAUGCGGCCGUCAUGGCCGUCAUCGUGAAGACCCCAGCGCUCAGGAAGUUCGUCUUCGUCUUCCACCUGUGCCUGGUGGACUUCCUGGCCGCCCUCACCUUGAUGCCAUUGGAGAUGCUGUCAGGCUCGGCUGUGUUCGACAGCCCCGUGCUGGGUGACACCGUGUGCCGCGUGUACCUGUUCCUGAGCGUCUGCUUCAUCACCAUGUGCAUCCUCUCCAUCUCCACCAUCAACGUGGAGCGCUACUACUACGUGGUGCACCCCAUGCGCUACGAGGUGCGGAUGACCGUGCGCUUGGUGGCCUGCGUCCUGGCCGGCGUCUGGCUCAAAGCCGUCGCCACCUCCUUGGUGCCCGUCCUGGGUUGGUCGGCACCGGACCGGCCCCCGGCGCUCAGCACCCGCGGCUGCUCCUUGCAAUGGAGCCGCGCUCCCUCCUGCAAGCUCUUCGUGGUCUUCUUCGCCGCCUUCUACUUCCUCCUGCCCCUUGCCAUCAUCGCCGUGGUUCACUGCAGCAUGUUCAAGGUGGCGCGUGUGGCCGCCAUGCACCGGGGCCCGCUCCCCACCUGGACGGAGACCCCGAGGCACCGCUCCGCGUCGCUCAGCAGCCGCUCCACCAUGGUCACCACGUCGGGAGCACCACGGACCACACCGCAGAGGACGUUGGGGGGCGGCGGGGGCAAAGCGGCCGCCAUCCUGCUGGCGCUGGGGGGGCAGUUCCUGCUCUCCUGGCUGCCAUACUUCAGCUUCCAGCUGUACACGGCGCUGAGCGCGCAGCCCUCGGGGCCAGCGGCCGAGAGUGUGGUCACUUGGGUGGGUUACUCCUGCUUCACCUCCAACCCCUUCUUCUACGGGUGCCUGAACCGGCAGAUCCGGGCCGAGCUCGGCCGGUUGCUCACCUGCCUCUUCAAGCAGCCCCCCGAGGACCUGCGGCUGCCGAGCAGAGAGGCCUCCAUCGAGGAGAACUUCCUGCAGUUCCUGCAGGGCACGGCCUGCGAGCCCCACAGCCCCAAACCGGCCCCGGCCCCCGUCGAUGUCCGCAUCCCGGGGCAGAUCGAGGAGGACGCGGGCGAGGGGGCGGCCAAGGCGGAGCUGUAGCGGUGGGGAUGGGUCUGAGGUGAACAUGGCUGAGGGCAGAG